AUGCCCACCCCCACAAAGACCAUCGCCGUCGUCAACUCCUCCGGCCGGCAAGCGGCGUCCUUCAUCCGGGUUGCGGUAGCCGUUGGCUACCACGUCCGGGCACAGCUCCGGAAUCUAGAUGGGAUAGUGGCUUCUGAGAUCUCGAGUUUGCCGAACGUUACCGUGCUUGUGGGAGAUUUGUACACGAAGCCUAAGUUACCAGGAGCAGAGGGGGUAAAUCAUGGGUUGAUUGAGGAGCUGUAUAAGGGGGCGCAGUUGGCGUUUAUCAAUACGACGUUUUGGGGGGAUGAGGUGGCUAUUGGGUGUGCGUUAGCAGAUGCAGCCGUAAAAGCAAACAUAGAACACUACAUCUACAGCAGCAUGCCCAACCACUCGCUCCACAACCCCACCUGGCCCUCCCUACCCCUCUGGUCCUCAAAACACACCAUCGAAUCCUACAUCCGCGCCCUCGCCACCCUCCUCCCGAAAACCACAUUCCUCUACACCGGCAUCUACAACAACAACUUCACCUCGCUCCCCUACCCACUCUUCUGCACCGAGCUGCAACCCGAUGGCAGCUUUACCUGGACCGCGCCCUUCCACCCCGAUGUCAAACUACCAUGGCUCGACGCCGAGCACGACGUCGGGCCCGCCGUGCUGCAGAUCUUCAAAGAUGGCGUGUCGACCUGGGGCAACGGCGCCCGCAUCCCGCUCGCCUACGAGAUGCUGUCCCCGCGGGAAGCCUGCCGCGUGUUCGCCCAGGGCGUCAGGCGCCCGGUACGCUACCGCCGAGCAGCCAAGAUCGAAGUCAAGGUCAAGAUCCCGAACGGGUACCGGGAGCAGCUUGUCGCGCUGGAGGAGAUGUACGCGCUGGGGGCGCGGGAUGGUGGGUUGCAGCCGCCGUACUUCGGGGAUGAGGGGUUGGAGGGGCGGGUCCCGGAUGUGGCGAUGGGGCUUUGGGAGGGCUGUCGGGGGUUGGAGGAGUAUGCUAGGGAGGUGUUCCCGCUGGAGGAGGCGGCGAAUGGACUUACGUGGAUGAAUGAGGCGGAAGAGGGGAAUGCAGAUGAAGAGGGGGAGAUUCAAGGAGGGGAGGAGGAGAAGGAUGAGGAUGAUGAGGAGGACGAGGAAGAGGGGUUGACGAUGGGUGGUGGCGUUGGCUCGGGGACAGCAAUGGGAGAUGUGACGCCUGCGAGGAAGGAGGAGAGCUGGCUCGCUUGA